CCUGAAGAAAAGAAAAGAAAAGAAGAAGAAAAGAAGAGGAUGGAAUAACUAAUAGAUUUGAGUAAUCGAAGAUCUUAUUUUUCUCUCUCGCCAUAUUCGUUGACGUUGAACCAUUCCAGAGUUGUCAUUUCUCUCCCUGCUUCCCUUUUUACACCUUCAUUAUUUCCUUCUCCUACUGAUCUUCAUUUUUCCUCGAAUUUGGGGCUUGAUUUUGGGUGUUGAUUUAUGGAACCCCAAAUCAAAGCCCCGUUUUAACCCUCUUCUCUUUUAAUCAUCCCUUCCCGUCCAAAAAGAAGAAGAGCCCUCCCUGCCUUCUCCCUCAUUUGCGCCUGCAGAACUGCAGAUGCAUUGUUUUAGAACAACUCGUUUUAAGGGUAUUGGUUGGAGGAAAAUCAUGUCGUCGUCUUCAAGUCGAUGAGAGGUGAUUUCGAGGUAAAACAAUGCCUUCAGGAAAGAUUAUCAUGAAUUUGGGAAUGAAUCAAAAGUUGGAUCCUUAUGAGGAAGAAAUCGUGGAGAGAUCUCCAACAGGUCGAUAUGUUAGGUGUAAUGAAAUCCUGGGGAAAGGAGCAUUUAAGAUAGUUUAUAAGGGUUUUGAUGAAAUUGAUGGUAUAGAAGUGGCUUGGAAUCAAGUAAGCCUUGAUGAUGCAUUUAGGUCACCAGAGCAUUUAGAAAGGCUUUAUUCAGAGGUUCAUCUUCUAAAAACAUUGAAACAUGAAAACGUUAUCAAUUCUUAUUGUUCUUGGGUGGACAAUGAUAGUAAAACAAUAAACAUGAUUACUGAGUUGUUAACUUCAGGCAGUUUGAGACAAUAUCGUAUGAAACACAAGAAUGUUGAUAUGAAGGCUAUCAAGAAUUGGGCGAAGCAAAUUCUACAUGGAUUAGUUUUUCUUCAUAGUUGUAAUCCUCCCAUUAUUCACAGGGAUUUAAAAUGUGAUAACAUUUUUGUUAAUGGGAAUAGUGGUGAGAUCAAAAUAGGUGAUCUUGGUUUAGCUGCUGUUAUGCAGCAACCUAUGGCAACAAGUGUUAUUGGUACUCCGGAAUUCAUGGCCCCAGAAUUGUACGAAGAGAAAUACAAUGAACUAGUUGACAUUUACUCGUUUGGUAUGUGUAUGUUAGAAUUGGUUACCCGCGAUUAUCCAUACAGUGAAUGCCAAAAUCCUGCCCAAAUCUAUAAGAAAGUCGCUUCUGGUAUAAAACCUGCAGGUCUUAAAAGUGUAAAAGAUAGACAAGUGAAAGAAUUUAUAGAAAAAUGUCUUGUUCCUGCAUGUGAUAGAAUGUCUGCUGCUGAAUUAUUGGAAGAUCCAUUCCUAUCUGAAGUAGUAGCCGUAACAGGAGAGCUUAAUAAGAAGCAGCCCGGCCAUAAGAAACAAUUGUCAUCGAAUGGUUCUUUUACAAUUAGUGACAACAACUCGACUAUGGAAUUGUUGAAAACUUAUGGAGACGAGGAGUAUAGAAUUAAAGGUGUAAAAGAUAAUGAUGAUUCAGUUUCAUUAACCCUGCGAAUGGUUGAAUCAUCUGGUAAGUUGCAUAAUAUACAUUUCGUGUUCUACCUAGAUUUAGAUACUGCAUUUGCUGUUGCUGGUGAAAUGGUUGAACAACUUGAUUUGGCAAACGAAAAUGUGAUAAUCAUAGCUGAGUUAAUUGACAGCUUGAUAAGGAGUCUCGUACCUUCAUGGAAGCUUCCGUGUGAGAAUUAUUUCAGUACCCGCACUUCUUAUGAAGAUUGCAUGGAUAUGCGAAGUGAAACUUCAUUGCCUUGUUCUUUCGUUUCAAAUUCAGCUGCAGUUUUUCAACAACAUUCUCCUCCAUACAAUUGUAAUAAUAAUAAUAAUAAAAAUGGUUUGAUUAGAAAUGGAUGUCCUCCUCAUCCUAAUCCUCCUCGUGGUGUUUCCAAUGGGUCGGUUUCUGAUAGAUGGCACGACAGUGUUUCAGAGGCGAGCAAGAUGACUUCGUCAGGAAGCAACUGCAGUUUGUCCAAUUAUAUGGAAUCAUUAAGGAUCUCUCCUGCUCAAUCAAAUGGAAAUAAUGUUAAUGUUAUUGUUAAUUCUGAAAUGGAAAUGGAAAUGGAACUUGAUGCCAUUGAUAUGCAAUACAAGCAGUCUAUCAUUGUACUUACUAAAAUGAAGGAGGAAGCAAUAGAGGAUGCUAAAAGAAGAAGAGCAAGAACAACUUGUAUAGCAAGUGAACAAACCCCUUCUUAAUUCUGACUGUAGAUCUUUUGAAUGAUUUUUUCUAGUUUUUAUACUUAUGUAACAUGUUCUAUAGAAUAUAUUUUAAAUAAAUUUUUUUAUGUGUAUUACUUUAUUAAAAUAAUAAUUAUUAAUUUGA